AUGCAUGCUGCUGCUUUUUAUGGACGUGUUGACGUUGUUCGUUGUCUUUUGGAAAAUGGAACCAAUUUCCGAAUAAAAAAUAAAGCUUAUAAUACAGCUGAAGAUGAAGCAUAUAAUGAUGAUGUAAAAAAGAAUAAAUUAACACAACAUCAAACAUUAUUACAUUGUGCUAAUCUCAUUGAUUUCAAUGGAAAUACAUCAUUACAUCUUGCUGCUUAUGGUGAACAUACAAGUAUUGUUGAUUAUCUUGUUAACCAUGGUUGUGAUCCAACUGUUAAAAAUCGUUGGGGUAUAACAGCUGAAGAAGAAGGCAAUAAAUAUAGUAAUAGUAUUACUGAUAUAUUCAAACGUAUGUGUGAACGUGACAUGUUUGAAAUGGCACGAACUGGUGUACACUGA